UGUCCCAACCUAUGCUCCGGACGCGGAUGGUGCGAUAGUGGCGACCGGCGCUGUCAAUGCUACGCAGGUUAUACAGGCGCUGACUGCUCGCUACGAACGUGUCCAUCAGGGCCUGCAUGGGCAGAUGAGGCAGACGCUAUCACGGAGUCAGACGUUGCGCACUCGUCGAUCGAGUGCUCGCGGCGAGGCCUUUGCGAGACCUCUUCCGGUAAGUGUAUAUGCGCGGAGGGCUGGGAAGGCGCGGCUUGCGAACGAAAGAGUUGUCCCAACGAAUGCUCACUGAAUGGGAGAUGCGUGUCCAUGAAAUAUUUUGCAACAACUCCAUAUGAAAAUGUCUGGGACGCAACGAUGCUGUACGGUUGCCUGUGUGAUGAGGGCUUUUAUGGCUUUGAUUGCAGCCUGCGGAUGUGCCCAAGCGGUGAUGACCCGAUGACCUUGAUGGGGCAGACUGAGAAGCAACACCUGACUGGCUUCGGGUACUGUGACUCGGUGACUUACACAUGUAGCUGCCAGGAUGGCUACUCUGGAGCGGACUGCAGCCUC